AUAAUAUUCAGUGUUAUAUUUGUGGAUUCGAAUAUAUUAAAAGAGGUAGUGUUGUAUUCAACAGAUGACAAGAUGGACAAGGUCGACAGCUCGUCGCCUAAUAUAACGUUCAGCAUUGAGAAUGAGGACCAUACUUUGGGUAAUGCUGUGAGGACACUAUUGGUUGAGCGCGAGGACGUUUUCUUCGCAGGUUACUCAGUGCCGCAUCCCAUGCAGCCUGAGGUAAACAUUCGGAUCCAGACAACAGGGAAGCCCGCAGUUAAGAUAUUUGUGGAAUGCUUAGACGACUUGGUGGAGGUAUGCAAUGUGCUAACCAAGGCAUUUAUCGAUGCUGGUGCUGAGAAUUACACCGAUGAAAAGUGAGAUAUAAAGCAUAUUUAUGGGCUAUAAGCGCGUUGUCUUAGUUCGCAAGUCAACAAACGGAUGAAAAGUACCCCGGUUAUGCUGUUUUCAUGUAGCUUAGCUGAAAACUUCUUGAACUGUACUGUAUCGUGUUAGUUCAGGCUCGAAGUAAAUAACACUAGCAAUACAAAACACCUUACACAUCAAUAUCGCCAUACAUUU